UGCUUGUUGUAGUUCUUGGUCUGUGACGGUCUGAAUGUGACGCAGAGCAUCGGAGCGCAGCUUCAUUUCUGCGGAUUUUCUGUGAUUGAGAAUAAAUCCAACCUACGGCACUCCUGACCGGAUCCGGGUCCAGAUUAGAACCGAACCGGAGAGGAGGAUCCGAGCCGAGCCCAUCCGAGCUAAGAGCAGAGCCAGACGGACCGGUUCAUCUCUUGUGGAUCCACCGGAUUUAUCCUGACCGGUAACACGCACGGGCUCGCGGACACGCGCACAGAGACACGCACAGGCACACAGACACGGGCGCACGGACGCGCGCACACGCACACGCGCGCGCACACACAGAUCCACGUGCCACUCCCUUCACACGGUUACAUUUAACCUGCACAGAUUCGCAGUCUUGGAGAUGCUGUGUGUCCACUUCCUGUCUGAUCAGGUCCAAGAUCAGUGAUGUCCGUCUGAAGCCUCUUGGACUCGGACCUGUCAGGUGGACGCAUCAUGGCGGCUGUGGGCGGAGCUUCGUCUGUGUUAAUAGUGUGUGUGUGUUUCCUGCUGCUGCCAGCUGUGAUUGGAACUCAGUCCGAGGAGAUCGAAUGUGCCUUUUCUGACCAGUUGCAACAGCAGGGGACGGAGCCUCACAGCGGACCAGCCAAUGAGCUCCGAGGUGUGGUGCGAGAAAAUGGGACGGUGCGCUGCAGCCACGGCUCACGCUGCUUUGGAUUGUGGGAAAAGAGAGCAGAUGAAGAGAUGCACCUGGUCAAACAAGGAUGUUGGAGGUAUCAGCCAGAGUGCGAUGGUGACCGUUGCCUGGUAACAGCCACGCCCUCUAAGAUCCAGAACGGCAGCUACCGCUUCUGCUGUUGCGGCCGUGACCUGUGCAACACCAACUUUACUGAAGCCCUGCCCACUGCCACCGAGGCUGCACUGAGGCAGACAGAUCAGCAUCCACUGCGACGAGUGAAGACGGCGCUCAUCGCCCUGGUAACCGUCGCCGUAGUAGCCGUCCUCAUCGUGGCCCUUUUCUUUGGAUAUCGGAUGUUUAAAGGGAAGCAGAAGAACAGUCUGUCGUCAGUGGACGUGAUGGAGGCGGGAAACACAUCCGCUGUUGACCUGGAAAACCUGAAACUACUGGAGCUGAUUGGUCGGGGUCGUUAUGGCACAGUGUUUCGCGGCUGCCUUAAUGAACGUUGCGUGGCCGUUAAACUCUUUAGCUCGGCUAACCGGCAGAACUACGCUAACGAACGUUCCAUCUACCACCUCCCGCUGCUGCAGCAACACGACAACAUCGCACACUUCCUGAUGGCAGACGAAAGGACGACAGUGGACGGACGACCAGAGUUUCUGAUCGUCAUGGAGUUCUACCCACAUGGUUGUCUGUCUCGGUAUCUGUCCGUCAACACUGUGGACUGGUUGACCUGCUGCAGGAUGACUCAUGGCGUGACCCGAGGACUGGCCUUCCUGCACACAGAGCUCUACAUCGCAGACCAGUACAAACCAGCCGUCGCCCACAGAGACGUCACCAGCAGGAACGUUCUAGUCCGGUCUGAUCUGUCUUGCGUCCUCGCCGACUUCGGUUUGUCCAUGAGACUCACAGGAAACCGGCCCUGUCGCCACGGAGACGACGAUACCAUGGCCAUAUCAGAGGUGGGGACGGUCCGGUACAUGGCUCCAGAGGUCCUCGGUGGAGCUCUGAACCUCCGGGACUGUGAGUCGGCGUUGAAGCAGGUGGACGUCUACGCUCUGGGUCUGAUGUACUGGGAGACCUUCAGGAGGUGUUCAGAUCUGUUCCCAGGGGAGGUGGUGCCAGAGUACCAGCUGGCAUUUCAGGCGGAGCUGGGGAACCAUCCGAGCUUCGAGGAGAUGCAGAUCCUCGUGGCCCGAGAAAAACACCGGCCAAGGUUCCCUGAAGCCUGGAAGGAGAACAGCCUGGCUCUGCGGUCCCUGAAGGAGACCAUGGAAGACUGCUGGGACCAGGACGCUGAGGCCCGACUCACCGCUCAGUGUGCAGAAGAACGACUGAUGGAACUCACACUGCUGAGCACUCAUACCGCACUGCACAAUCACAGGAAUCUGUCUCAUGGCCACUGGACCCCUCAGGUUGGCACCGCCUCCUCCUACAUUGAGGAUCUCCAGGGGGGUGUGGUCAAAAAUGUUCAGGGGGCGGGUCAUCUGGUCAUCAAGACAAUGGCGAGGGGAGCAGAAGGACCUGAGAAGAACAGGAACUCCAUCAACUAUGAACGACAGCAGGCUCAGAGUCAGGCUCGGUCUACGUCCGACGGUGGCAUGUCUACAAAUCCCGGGCGGACACCCGGAGGCCUCUGCUCCAUCUCUGAGUCCGAACACAGUGGUGGUGCUGUCCCCGUCUGUCUGCAGCUCACAGAAGAAGACCUGGAGGCCAACAAACUGGAUCCGAAAGAGGUUGAUAAGAACCUGAGGGAGAGUUCCGACGAGAACCUGAUGGAACAUUCGCAGAAACAGUUUGGUUCUGUGGAGCCGCAGACGACCACCCUGUUGUACCAUCACAUCCUACAAACUGCAGAGGUGUCGGCCGGUCCAGGUGAGGUGGCAGGAGUGGGCGGGGCCUGUGUUCAACCUUUACCCAAACAGCAGAACCUGCCGAAGAGGCCGACCAGCCUCCACCUUCUGUCCAAAAGCAAAGACAGCGGCUCGUCCCGACUCCGACUGGGGAAACACAAGUCCAACCACAGACAGGUGGAGACAGGUGUUGCUAAAAUGAACACGGUGGCGGUCGCUGCCGCUGCAGAGCCCUGCCUCGUUGCCACGGUAACCAACAACACCGCCAUUAGAGCAAACGCUGGAACUGGUUACAGUGCAGGUGUGCCCACGCUGGUGACAAACGGGAUGAUUAGCGGAGGUCGGACCAAUCCAGCGGGACCGCAGACAGAAGAGGACGACGAGGACAAGACGGGGACAGAGGAUGGACGCCUUAACCUGCUGAACUCCAGCCCCGAUGAACAUGAACCGCUGCUGAGGAGGGAGCAGCCGCCCGCCGAGACCCAACGCCAUCAUCAGCCGCCACACGCCACAAACCUCCUGUCAGGACGAGGAUCCAACUCCAAUAACAACAACAACCGGCUGGCGGCAGGGUCAGAGGUCAACAUCCAAAGAUCAGAGGUCAAUAUCCAAAGGUCAGAGGUCAACACUCAAAAGUCAGAGGUCGACACCUGGAGGUCAGAGGUCAACACCCAAAGGUCAGAGGUUGAUACCCAGUGCUUAGGAGUCAAUAGAAGUACAGGGACCAGGGACCAGAGUCUGGAGGCUGAGGACCAGGUUCUAGGGCCCCAGGUCCAGAGUUUGGUCCACGCUGGUUCCAAACUGGGCUCAGACCACAGAGUUCAGUCCCCAGAACCCCCAGCUCCACAGGAACCAGUGGAAGCCUCCACCUCUUCCACUGAAACUCUGGGUUUAAAGUCUGAAACAGUAAACAUGGAUGUUUUACCUCCAGAUUCAGAAGAUGCCACUUUAGAAACUCCAGGUCCAGUCCCUACAGCUCAUACAGGUCCAGAUCCUGUAGGUCCAGGUCCUGCAGGUCCAGAUCCUGCAGGUCCAGAUCCUGAAGGUCCUGAUCUUGCAGGUCUGUCCCAGAUCCUGAGAGGACCGGCUAAAGUGAGGAGACCUGAACGUCCAUGUUCCCUGGACCUGUCCUCAUCCUGCACUGCCUCAGAUGAUGCGUCUCUGACUGAUAAUGGAACCCUCAGCGCGUCAGGAGAGAAGAUCAAGCGUCGCGUGAAGACACCGUACACUCUGAAGAAAUGGCGUCCGGCCUCGUGGGUGGUUUCCAUGGAUACAGCUCUGGACUCAGACUUAGAGUUCAACGGCUGCCAAACCCACUUCACGUCUGGUCUUCAGAGAACAGGAGGCGCCGGCGUCCCCAGGCUCAACCAAUCAAAGUCCAGCAUGGCGGUGUUUCUGAUGGGAGGCGGAGCCACGGCGACCACCACCUCAGAGCCCGAUGGGAUGACCUGCUUCUAAAGGUCUGACUGUUCUGUCCUUAAAGGAGCCACAUGAUUCCUUCUACCUCUUGGUCUUACUUCUGUUCUUCAUAGAUGUGUCCUGGAUCAUUCAGUUUUAUCAGAUGAACAUCCUGAAGCUGAAGCUGAAUUGAAGGCUGAAGUGUUUUGACGGGAUGGUGAAGUAGCAGAGUGUCGACCCCUGAGGUUUCACCAAGAGGUCAACCCCAUCUCACAGAUUCUACUUAUGUAAUUAAAACACACUUUACUGUCAUUUAAUAAUAAGUGUUAGUUACUUCAGUUGACUCGUAUUCAACUGUUGGUGGUUUGGUUUAAGGACCAGGUGGUACCAGGUGGUACCAGGUAGUACCAGGGUUUGGUUGAAUACAGAGGAAGGAGGAUUCUACAGCAUCAGUCAAAGUUUCAGUUCAACAAAACAAAAGCAGAUUCUAUUGGUAGAACAACAUAAUGUGGGUGUUUAACAGGUAACUGGAUUUAGUUGUAACAGGGUUGUUUUUCCUGUGACUCGGGGUUGACCAGUCGUGGUACCUCAGACUUUAUACCCAUCUGUGUAGCACAAACACCUGAACCUUCACUUCCUGCCAAGGCAGUGAUUGGAGCAUGACUCAUCUGAUCGAUAGUGAUGCCUCUUGUAGCCUGUGGGUGUGGCCUUGACCUGACCACGCCCUCAGAUUCAUCUUAAGGAGUUAACCAUAAACCAUAAACAAACGUUAGCCCACUGUUACAGGUAUUUUCAACAAACCUUUUCUUGUUUCAUCACUGCUUUCAAUGAAAACAGACGUUCAAGGAUGAAGAUAUUUCUAAACCCUGUUUCCAGUGUUGCAGUGUGGACAGGAUGGACCACUUGUGGACCACUUGUGGGCCACAUGCGAACCGCUUGCAGACCACUUGCAGAUCAUAUGGACCACUUGUGGACCACUUGCAGACCAAUUGCGGACCAGUUGCAGACCACUUGUGGACCACUUGCAGACCCAUUGUGGAAAACUUGUGGACCACUUGGACUACUUUCGAACCACUUGCGGAUCACUUGGAUCACUUGUGGACCACUUGCAGACCACUUGGACCACUUGUGGACUAGUUUGGGGGCCACUUCCCUGUGCUGUGGAAACUCGGGGUGUUCUUCUAAUAACAGAGUUACAUGGUGCCAGACUUUGACCAGGACCUCAGGUUGAGUUUUGAUGUUGAGGAACAUCUCCACUUCACUUAUUUCUCCACCUGUUGUAGGUAUGUCAUGUUCAGGUCUUCAGCUGUUUUUCUGUGGAUGGGGGUCAGUCAUUGAGCUGUAAACCCUCGGUUGACGACACAUCUUCACUGCCAUCAUACUUUACUUCGCUGCUCAGCUGUCUGAGGACGUAUUUGGGCUUCUUAUGAUCUGAAGACUCUCCAGGACCUACAUUGGUGAAUAACUCCUCUGGGCAGUUGGUUGUUUCCGAACAUCUACUUGUGGUCUCACUGGUUCCUGAACCUCCUGACGAGCUUUUCUUUCUGUGGUUAAAUGAAGUUUCUGAUUUGGAGAUGGAGACCUGUGACCUUCCCUUGGAGGCAGAAGAACCACAGACAUGUGGACCACUGAGUCCUGGUCUGUGGAGGUGGAUGAAGUAGCCUAAGACCUGCCGAUCUGAGUCCACCUUCAGCAGUCCUUUUUGCUCUUGUGACUGGGCUCAUGUCCAACUGGUCAGAUGCUUGUUUCUAUCGGCUGAUCACAGUCUGGAUUGGACUGAUGUUUAUUUUCUAGUGAUGAAUGAAGUGUGAAAUGGGUCAACGUGACUUUUCUUUUGUCUAAGGACUUUUACUUAAAUCCUUAAAUGAAACUAUGCAUUUUGCUCAUGAUGCUCCUCCUGAUGGAGGUCCAUCUGCUUCAGGUGGUCCAAAGAAGGAGAGGCAGCAUUUUUUACGUUUGCACUUUUUUUAUUUGUCUAAACUGUCUGGUGAUGUCUGCUGUGACCAGAACAUUAGGGCUGAAGAACCGAGGGAAUGAACAUUUGAGAAGAGCUUCGUGAUCUUGGCCACGUAAGAGGAAAACCUGCCUGAGGAAAUGAUUAAGGAUACAAUUCCACUGAUGACAUCAGAGCUCAGAGCACUUAUUCCAUCAUGUCCUUCCAACUAUACCGAAGGUCUUCAGUUCAGGUGAUGAGUGCCAGCACUGAUGCCAAAACCAACACCAAACUGUGUUAAGUUCACAGAAUUUAAACCUAAAAAACACGUUGAUCAGUGAAAACCUUUGCUCCAUCUGAUGCCUUGACUGAUCUGACCCUACAGCGAUGAAUUCUCAACGUAUCCUCAUGAGACUGGUCGGAUGCAUCAGUGCAGAUAGAAGUAGCUUCUCUGCAUCAUCAUCAUCUUGGCUAUCGUCCACUGAUCCGACAUCAGACAAGAGUGGACGUGGGUAUGGCGGAACUCUGGUUUGGUUGAACUUCGGUUUGGUUGAACUUCGGUUUGGUUGAACGUGCUGCUGUUGAACAUGUGGUCGAUAAGUUACCCAGCCUUACGUCACACCAUAUGCUGCAUUUCCACUAUGUGGUACUGGCUUGACUUGACUCAGCCUUUUUGCGUUUCCAUUACGUCAAAGAACCUGGAAUCUGGUACCCAGUACUACUUUUUUAGUACUUGCUCAGCUGAGGUUCCAAAACAGGUGAAAAGAUACUAAAAUGAGACGUAUAAACACUGUAGACAACUGAUUGGUCAGAGAAUUGUCUCUGCAUCAUUACGUCAUCUAUGACGCAAUCACGACCCACCAUUAAAAAAAAAAAAAAAAAAAACAGAUUCGGAAGUUUACAGUAAAUAUACCGGUAGGUUAAUCCAUGAUGACAGCCC